AUGAUUGUAUUUCCUGGAGAUGUUAUUGUACAAACUAUACCUCAACAAAAUAGUGGAUAUGUUCAGAUAAAAGAAACUAAACGAACAUUUUUCUUCUGGAAUCAAGAAAAUGACAUUAAUAGUUUUUAUAAAGGGAUUGAAUUAAUGCAAGCUGUAUUUAAUGGAGAACAAAUCCAACCUUUUGACACAACUAUUCCAGUACAAAUUCAGCCAAUAUAUACUAUCAAAAAUGGAAAAAUUAUCAUUGCUGAUAUUUCUUUAAAUAAAAUACUCAACUCUAAAACAAUUGAAGAAACACUAAAAGAACAUCCUGAAGAUGUGAUGGAAUUAGCACUCCUUUGUCCUCCUGAAGAGAUUGAAGGAAAAACAGGUGAUCAAUUAAUUUCUGUUAUCAUUGAUAAUAUUCGUUCUAAUCAAUUUCAAGAAACACUACGUCUAAUUGAAAAUUCAAUUCAUGCUGGAGAGGGGGAUGUCAUUUGCCAACAGAUAGGAGCAGAAUUACAUCACCAAGGGAUUGGAGGAAUGAGAAUAGUAUUAUUAGAUAUUAUUAAUCGUUAUAAAUUAUAA